AUGCCGCCUCGUAUUAGAAGGAGGAUUACGGAAGCCAAGAGGGAAGAGAUAGAGCAGGAAGAGAAGGCACUUUCAAGGGCUAUUGUGCGUCCCUUCGAGACGAUUUCAAACAUGCCAGUCUCAUUCAGCGCUCCUCCCACUGGACACUUUGAAGAAGUGUUCAAGAACCCAUUGACAAUUAAAGAUAGCGGUGUAUUUUACAGAUCUUUGAUGAAAUCUCGUGAAAACUACUUGCAGGUGGCCCCGAUGUUUAAGUUAUGGUGGAUGAAGCUAUCAGCACACGCAAGAAAGCUUCAAAUGCAACAGAACAAUCAUGUAGAGGGAUCAAACACUGUCACUCUUUCUACCAGCUCCGGUGACUUCGAAAGGGUACCUGUAUUGGGUACUGAUGUAAGUGCCAGAGAUGUGAUGGUGAAGCUAUGCGACGCAACUAUGAAUAUCGGACCUCAUACUUUCGAAAUACGCUUGUUUAUUGCUAAGGACGAGAGGUCAGACAAAGAGAAAGAGAAAGAGAGAGAGUUAGCCAAGGCUAAAGAAAAGGAGGAAAAGGCCAAGGAAAAGGAAGAAAGGGAAAGAAAAGCGAAGGAAGCAAGAGAAGCUAAAGCCAGAGAAAGAGAGAGAGAAAGAGAAAGAAUACAAGAGCAGAAGUUGAGGAAACAACAACUUCAAACUCAAGUGCCUGUGAAUGGAGCGAUCCCACUUGGAGCACCUACUAGCAAAGUAAAUAAGAAGUUAGGUGCUCCCAUUUCCGGUAUUAGAUCUCCAACAGUGAUACCUGGUGCGCCUGGUGCUCCUGGAGCUCUUGGUGCUCCUGCUUCCCCUGGAUUUGGUACUGCUUUGCCAAGAAUGGCCACAGGCACAGCUCUGCCAGCUCCAGCUCCAGCUCCAGCUCAGGCAGCUCCUAUUCACCACCCUGCACCAGUCACAUCUACAAUCCCUGCACCAAAUCAGAUUCCAUCCACCAAUCCAGCACCUGUUGCGUCUUCUUUAUCAUCUCAGUCACAAGGAACAUCGUUUGUUUCGCCUUCUCCUGCUGCCACUGCCAGUCCAGGUGCCAAUCAUAUAGCUCCACCAACAUUGCCCACAGCACAGACUAGUGAUCCUCAAACCAAUUCUACUGCUGCUCCCCCAACCACAAGUAAAGGUGCGAUAGAUUUGCGCAAGGAAGGAAGUGCUGUACCUAGUGGCAGUGAUAGUACUAAGGAGUCCACCGCUGUGGUAAGUAAUCCACCAAAGCAAACGUCUGACGGAACUAAAGAAAGUACUAAUGACAUCUCAACUGCAAAAGUCGAUGGAAAGCCACCAAGUAUAGAUAAUAAGGUCUCACUGACAAUUAAUGUUGCUGAAGUAAAACCAAAUUCUACAAAGCCUUUGCCAGAAUCAGGGACUCAAUUUCCAUCACCUAACCAGCACAUAAACGAGUCUGUCACAACAGCUAGUCCUGUCUCAGCUGCUCCUGUUUCUACUACCAAUACUGCUAAUACUGCUCCAGGAGGCGCUGCAGGCACCGCUCCUGGAAUAUCUGGACCAGAAGUUGCACCCGUUAGUAACUCUGUAAGCACUUCUGUUCAAGGCAGCUCACCAAACAAUUUUUCUAAUCCAGCUCCAACAAUUCUGGGUCCUCCUGGUGCUACUGGUGCAACUGGUCCUCCUGGUCCUCCUGGUCCUACUGGUCCUGUUGGUACUGCUGGUCCUGCUGAUCCUGCUGGUCCUCCUGGUCCUCCUGGUCCUCCUGGUCCUACUGGUCCUACUGGUCCUACUGGUGCUACUGUUCCUCCUGGUCCUAGUUCUUCGCUUAACAAUGGCGUUCCUGGUCCAGGUCAGGCACCUGCAGCUGGAAAUCUAGCUACAGCACAUCCCCCUCCACCUCCUCCUAGGAAUGACCCCAAUAACAUGCAAUCAGUGGAAAAUACAAUUAUGAUUGCAAAUUUAAAUGCUAUUGCUCGAGUAGAUCAUUCUCUUAAUACCUUAAUGAAAAUAGUUGCCCUGGGAGGCGCUACUCCACAGCAAAUCAUGCGUUUUCAAGGAUAUAUACAAAGAGCAAGAGAAAUGGGACCACAGCCACAUCACGUUCACUUGCUUAAUCGCCCACCAAUGCAACAGGCUAAGCAGGCUACACCAAAAAAAUCUGUAGUCCCUAAACCUCCACCUGUGAAGAAGCCACCUAAAGAAAAGAAAGUUGCUGUCAAGAAAGCGCCAGCUCCUUCCAAAGAGAUGAAGUUAACUGCAUUCCAAGAAAGAUAUCUCACUGAUGCCACCAUUUUAUUCGAAUUUGUCGAAAAUCCAAAUGUUAGAUUUUCUCUUCCAAGAGAAGUAAUUUGUGAAAUAAUAAGUGAAAUAAAGCCUCCAGUUAACGAGGAGGAUGAGCAACCAACUGACGUUCUUCUGAGUUAUUUAUGGAUUCAUAAUCUGGCUGAGUAUGAAGAAUACGAAGGUAAAUUGGCUCAUUAUGAAAAACUAGUCAAGGAAAGGGAGGAAGCUGAGGCUAAAAAACUAAGAGAGGAGGAAGAAGCAAAGAAAAAGGCUCAAGAAGAGGAGCAAGCGAAGAAACAAGCAGAGGAAGAGGAAGCUGCGAAAUCACAAGGUGCAGAAGAAGGUGAAGUGAAAAAGACGGCAGCUCAAGAGGUAAAACUAGAAGAGCCAAAACGAAACUUAAGACUUAGUAGAAGCGCUAGAAGGCGUCCUGCACCACCACCUCCUCCUCCAAAAAAGGCAGCCAAGCCUAAAAAAGAAAAGGAAUUGAUUCCACCCACCGAGCCAGAAGUGAAGUUCACCGCAUUAAGUUAUACUAUUCGUGGCAUUCCUGCUCGAUUUGUUCCAAUUGUUACCAAUAGCGCCAAAAAUUUGGAGCAAGUGCAAAAGAGGAUGUCAAGAAUCAUAGAGAAUGGUACUCGUAUGCCAAACUAUUACUUAUGGUAUCAAGUUGAUGGAAAAUUAGACGAAAACUUAGCCGAGGAACUUAGAGUUGAAUUGAACCAGGAGGAAAAGAAGAUGCCUGGGGUUGCUUAUACCUCUAGUACAGCCAUCAAUGAAGCUAAUGAGAAAAAGAGGAAGAUGAAGGAGGAAAAAGAAGAAAAGUUGAGGCUCAAGAAAUUGAAAAAGCUAGAAGCUUUGAAAGAGAAGAGCAAGUCUGGAUCUCCGGCUCCUCCUUCUGGUCAACAAUCGUCUGGAAAUGAUGUUGGCACUGCCGGUACACAUCCAGCAGCUGCCAAGCCGGCUGAAUCUGAAAUGAAAGUGGAGCCUAGUCAAACAUCUAAUCACGAAGGUAAUGGUUCCCAAACACCUGUCACGGAAAGCGAUCCGGCUAAUCCAGCUAGCCUGGAUAUCGCCACAACUGAACCACUGACACGGUCAGAAGAACAGCUGACUCAGCCAAAAACGAACACUUCGUCUCCAAAGCGUUCUGCGGAGCCUGAAUCCAAUUCGUUAGCCAAUGGUGAACCUUCAGAAAAGAAAAUCAAGAUAGAAGAACCUGAACCUUCAUCUGAAGUAGAAUCUACUCCUGUCAAUAGCACUAUAACGCAAGGAUUGUAG